CGGACUCGUCGGUUUCCUAACCGAGAAGUGGGAGACCUACAAAUUGGGGGUCUUAGUCUCCGGGAAGGGGUUCUUUCCCCUUAGCGAUCACUUCCUCCUCCGUGUGGGGUGGGCGGACCCUCCCCAUAAAGUCCAGAUAGUCCUGGUGGGUUCUGCUGGGGCUUGAGCGCCCUGGGGAAAUGGGUCCCCAAGUUGCCCUCCUGGUGGCGGCGCUAGCCGGCUGCCUGCUUCCUGCCCGGAGCUGUAUCACGUGUGAUGAGAGGGUUGUGAAGCAGUUGGACGCCUUGGAAAAAGAAUACCUGCGAACCCACCUUGCCCCCGGGCGUCUCAGAGAAGUGAUGGAAAAGAUAAGAGAUACCGUCGACAAUUUCAAGGACCUGCCAGAUAUACAGUCUACCUUAAAUGGGGCUGUCGAUGAGGCCACAAUGAAAAUGGCAGCGUCCAGUUUUCUGAGGAGUGUGAAACUUAUCACAAACCGUGGUUUAAGAGAUGACACUUUCGUGAAGGAGUUCUCCGCGAUGUUGAGUCGGGAAAAGGAAACGUUUCGGCGCAAUGUCGCUCGGUUUCACGGAGGUGAGGAUUCUUGUCCCAACAAAUGUGGUGUAUUGUUGCGGCUUCUGAGGUGGUGCGAUUCUUGCCUGCUGCACACUUACCCUUGUCGAAAGUCCACAGAUUGUGGAGUGCGCCAAAUCAACGUCCAUGAAAAGGAAGACCUGGUCCUGGACUGUGAGCUCGACUGGCAUAAAAUUGCUACAGGCGCGACCGGUUACAGCUUUUACAGGGUUUGGGGGAGCAAAGCUGACAGCUUGUUGUACAUGGGGAAAUGGCCCACCCUGACCAAGCAACUGGUGAGGCCCGCGGAUGCAGGUACCUACCGCUGCGAGUUGGGCACUCCGGGAGUGAGCACAUUCUCGGCCAUCCGUUUUGAAGUCACAGUGUUGCCUCGGAAAAUCAUUUCGGUGAUGGUGACAUCUUCCAAGUCUGCAACCAUUGUCACCCGGUCACCAACCAUUGUCACCCAGUCACCAACCUUUGGAACCCAGUCACCAGCCAUUAGAACCGAGGCCGAGGAGGAAAUCUGGGAUGACUUUUCCCCAACCCUCGAGCCCUCAGCGUGUUCAAAGCCCAAAAAUGUGCAGACCGGCCGUCUGAUAGGGCUGCUUCUCUGGUGCUUUUUCCUGCUGAUCAUAGGAUUUUUCACUGGCGUACUUUGCUUUCGGUCUGGGAUGGUGAUCGAUUCCAUAAAGUCCAGAUUCCGCACCGACAAGGCAGCUGCUCCACAGGACCAGCUUCCACAGAGUUGGCUGUCACAGAGCCAGCUGUCACAUGACCAGCUGUCACAGAGUCCGCUUUCAGAAACCCAGGUUCCGACAGCUGAGAAACUUCCGAAGGAAUAGGCCACAGUGCCAAGGUGCAAAUAAAGAUUUAUCAGGUUGUCUCUA